AUGGGUUCACCACUAUCCCCUACUAUAGCGAAUCUAGUACUACAGGAUUUGGAGAAUAAAUGCUUAAAUAAUUUAAGGACAAAACCCAGUCUCUAUAUGCGAUAUAUGGAUGAUAUAGCAUUAGCUACGAAUGAAGAGAAUAUGAUGGAAAUAAUGGAAGAAUUUAAUAAAUAUCAUGAACGACUCCAGUUUACAUUAGAAGUAGGUAAAGAGAAAUUGAACUUUUUGGAUGUUUCAUUAAUAAAAAACAAAAAUGAGAUCAUACAUGAUUGGUACCAAAAGCCCACAUCAUCGGGACAGACGAGUAGAACCUUAAAAACUAGAAUAGCAGAACAUAGAAAUCACAUUAAUUGGAAUUCAACACAAAGGUCGGUAAUUACAGAACAUAGAUUGGAAUUUUCACAUGAAUUUGACUGGAAUGGAAUAGAGAUAUUGGAUGAAGAAAGAAUUUUAAACAAGAGACUUACAUCGGAGAUGAUUCAUAUUAAAAGACAAAAGAACAGUUUGAAUCUACAAACGGACACGGAAAGACUGAAUUCGGCGUAUGAAUGUUUGUUAAAAUAA